AUGUCAAAAACAGAACAGCCUGCCGAGGAUACACCCAAACAGCCUUCUGGAGGGACCCCUACAGAGACCGCUGUGAAAGAGUCACUGACUACCUUCAUGGAGCCAGCUGCAGUGGCGGUCCUAGCUGCCUGGUUCGCUGCUAUCUCUGGCAUCAACCCCACCAUGGACUUCUCCCAAGGCGCCGACAACCUCACCGCUGCUUUGGGAGGUGGGUUACCCCGGCCUAUUUGUGCAGGCAUACACUGGAUCUUAUGCAUGGUAGCUUCAUUCGGCGUCUUAUGUUUGCUAUCAUCUGUGGUCCCCGAAGUGGGGAACAGGAAACUGAUGGGUAUGGGAGCGGCCCUGAUGACGGCAGCGGUGGUUUAUAACACCGUUGUGACGACUCUCGCAUCGGGGUUUUCCGUUCUACAGCUGCUGCAGAGCGUAUUGUUCGCCGUGUCUAUGAAUCGCCUGCCCCAGAUCGCUGUAGUGGAUGAGGGCGACUCCCUUUUCAUCAACUGGUUGAUCACCACACGCCCUUGGUCGUUUUCCGCCAUAUUGUUGCCCGUCGCAGUCACUGCGGCAUCUCUGGUCUGGUGGGGAAUUGAGAUCAAGUCUGCUGGGCUAGCCACUGAAGUUAUAAUGUCGAUGAUUCUGAUGCAAGUCGCAGCGAAUCAAAUGAAUUCGCUUGCUGAUUAUCGCAACGGUGUUGACAGGGCCGACUUGCCCACCUCCGAUACGACCGUCCUAAGUGGUCUCCUGUCGGUCAGAGCUCUGACCGUCUCGUCCGUAGCCUCCCUGGUUGCAUCCUUGCUCAUAGUUGCGCACAGCAUCCGCGAUAUGGAGGACGUGUACUUCAAUAUCGAUAAGUUGAUGAUGAUUGUGGCUGUGAUAGUAACUUACACGGUUUCUCCUUUUCCUCUCAAGUAUAUUGGAUUAGGCGAUGCUGCUGUGUUCAUCUUUUUCGGCCCUAUCAAUUUGGUUCACUUCACACUUGCCGUCACUGCCGCCGAACAGUCCUAUUCGAGGCUUGGAGAUUUGCUCCUCUUCACCCUCCCUGUUAGCAUCAUGGUUACAGUGAUUCUGAGCGCCAAUAAUAUCAGAGAUAUGGAUGGAGACUGGGAAGCGGGUUGCUACACAUUGGAGGGGAUGCUAGGGAGAACUGCCAGCCGAGUGUACUUCGCUGGCCUUGUUAUGACGGCGCAGGCCAUAUCUGCCUGGCUUGCUUUCCACAAACGCGUCUGCCUCUCCUCCGAGGAUGCUGAAUACUAUAAGUUCAUCGAUCAAUCCUCUGCUCAUACUCUCCUCAUUCUUGGCCUCACAACAGCGCUAGGGAUAUCUAGUGUAUCCCCAGCGGCUCAGGUCAGCAUUCCGGGUCUUCUAUUCAGCUGCGUGCUGAUUGGCCUACUCCAUGCUGUCGGUUAA